ACUCCAGUUCCUACUUCCAGAUUGGUUUCUGGGUGAAGGGGAGGUUCGCAUUCCUCUAAUUUCUACCUAAAUCUCUGAAUUUUAGGGAUUCUGUGGAAGAAGAUCCCGUAUUUCGGAGAGAACGACGAUGCUGCUUCGUAGUUCAUCGACGCCGAUUCUGAACUCAUGGCAUCCUCACUCGAAGGAUUCGUCUCCCGAACCAGAAAUGGUUCAUCAGAUUCCGAGAAAUCGCUCGAUUACAUUGUCUGCCUCGUCGAGCUCCUUAUCUCGGAUGGACGAUUCCGUGAAUAAAAUGACGCGGGCGCUGUCGGAGACGGAUCUCCGGGACCUCUCUGUACCCAAGAAGAAACCGUUCACUCAGAUGUUCGGUGGGCUCUGGGUUGAAGACGAGGAGGAGAGCAGGGUGGAGAAAGGGCUCAGUGCAUAUUCCAGGACGGCGUCGUACGGCCGUGGGCUGUUUUCGUUUUCUGAGUUGGAUGAAGAGUGUGAGGUUGGCCUGAAAGAUGAUGGCGCGGUGGGUGUUUUAGUUGGCGGCGAGACUGGCGGCGGCGGCGGCGGCGGCGGAAGGAUUGGUCGUGGAGGCGGAGGUGGUGGAUCGGACAACGGAGAUUACGGGCGUUCGGGGUUCUGGGAUUCGAAUCAUGGGAAUGAUAGCGUUGACAUGUAUUACCAGACAAUGAUCGAAGCAAAUCCAGCGAAUCCACUUCUCCUUGGCAACUACGCAAAGUACUUGAAAGAGGUUCGUGCAGACUACGUCAAAGCAGAAGAGUAUUGCAGCAGAGCAAUUUUGGCCAAUCCAAGUGAUGGAAACGUACUAUCCAUGUUCGCAGACUUGAUUUGGGAAGGUCACAAGGAUGCUUCAAGAGCUGAGGCCUAUUACGACCAAGCAGUUAAAGCUGCUCCAGAUGACUGUUACAUUCUAGCAUCUUACGCUCAUUUCCUCUGGGAUGCAGAAGAUGAGGAUGAAGUAGAGGAAAAAGGUGGUUCUGAAAAACCUCCUACCUUUUUCCAUGGAGCUCCUCCUGCGCCGCCCCCCUUGGCUGCUGCUUCUUAAGUUGCGUCCCCUCUGCAGAGCCUGCCAUGCCUUGCAUAGUUCAUAUGACUACCUAACUUUGUCCAUAUGACCUUAACCCCUGUAAUUUUUGGCCGUCCAAAUAAGUCGUAAUGGUUUUCCCUUCAGCUUAGUACAUGAUUGCAUGAAAGUUGGAUCUUGGAUGAAUAAUGAAAAUAACGGCGGGCGUUUUCUUUACCUUGUCGUCGUUCUGCUUGAUGCACAGAUGCGUGUUUCUGGAAAAGCUUCAUAUAGUUCUGAGUAGUUUGCUCAGGAAGCAUAUAUAUGCAAACAAGCUAUAAGUUUAGCCA